AUGAAAGCUAAUGCUCCUGAAUGGUGGCUCAUUGGUCUUGGAUUAAUUGGCUCUCUAUUCCUCGGAGCUAUGAAUCCUCUUUUUGCCGUCUUCUUUGGUGAAAUUAUUGAAGUAUUCGCUAGACCAGCUUCUGAGGUACUGGAUGGACUCCAUUUGUGGGCGGGGCUUUUCCUUGCUCUUGGUUUUGCUGCAGCAGCUGGAACUUUUCUAAAAUCAUUUUGUUUUACUGUUGCUGGUGAGAAUCUUACUGCUAGAUUGAGGGAGUGGUCAUUCAGAGCUAUCCUUCGUCAGGAAAUUGGCUGGUUUGAUAAUGAAAGGAACUCGUCUGGUAUCCUAGCAACCAGACUGGCACAAGACGCCUCUAGAGUACAAGGGGCUACUGGAUCAAGAUUGGGUACUCUCAUUGAAACUUUCGUUGGUAUGUUUGCCUCAAUAAUAAUAGCAUUUGUGUACUCCUGGAUGCUGACACUGGUGUUGAUUGGUUUUGUCCCAGUAUUCAUUAUUUCUGGGAUCCUUGAGGUCAAGGCUCUUACCGGUCAUGCUGGUGAUAAUAAGAAAGCACUGGAGCAAGCAGGAAAGAUUGCAGUUGAUACUAUUGAGAAUAUGAGGACUGUAGCUUCACUUGGAGUCGAGAUCAAGUUCUAUACUGCAUACAACACUGAAAUCAAAGGUCCAUACAAGAAGAAUCUUGUGAACUCUUUUGUCUAUGGUCUCACUUACGGGUUCUCUCAAAGUGUCAUAUAUUUAGGUUUCAUACUCACCUUUGGUUUUGGUGCCUAUCAAGUGACACGCCCACCAGGCCACAUUGCACACGAGUCCUUCUCUGAUCUACUGACAGUUCUGAUGGCUGUCAUUUUUGGUGCUGUAGGUGCAGGGCAGGCCUCUUCUUUUGCUCCUAAUUACACUAAAGCCAAGCAAUCAGCUAACAGGAUAUUUGCACUGUUAGACAGAGAACCAGUGGUUGAUGGAUACUCUGAAGAUGGACUCAAACCAGUUAGUAUUUAA